AAAACCUCAAUGGAACAGCCGAUUUGAGGUUAUGUUCACCAAAUCGUAAACAAUCGAAAGAUAGUUUGAAAGCAACGCACCAGAUCCAUCAGUAAGUUGAUUUUAGGUUGAACCAGAGCAUUGGUACAAAAAAAAUGUCAUCGACUCAAAGCGAACCAGUGCCAUCGACUGGCAAUGACGGUGCAACAAUUGAGAAAGUGGAGAGUCGCUGGAAGACGCAUUACUUCACGGCCGAGAUAUCCGAAGAGAUUUUCACAUUCCGUGUGCUGAAAAUGGCUCAAUCGCUAUUGAUUUACAUCGGUCAACUGGAAAACGAGUCGUUGGACGAGUUGGCAAUGGCCGUACCGGUGGAAGAUUUCGUCAGCACAACAAUCAUUGGAACGGUUCACGGUUGUGAUUCACAAGAAUUGGCACAACAGUUUACGCGUCGUCUAAAAAAGCAGAUCUUCAUAAGCUGCAAUGUCACAUCGAAUAAUCUCACUCGUGUAAUGCUCGUGAAACGAAUUGCCGAGGAAAUGAAAAAUGUCCCCGAUGCUUUUUGAUUGUUAUUUCCGUAUUGAAAAUAAAAGAAAAACAUACAUAUUUUCUUAAGCCAAGAAA